AUGCCCCCGGGUCCAGGUGGAACGAAUUCGCGCGAUGCCCGGGGGCCUCCGGGGACCCACCGGGGCCCUGCUAGGGGUUUGUGUUAUGUAAGCCCGGUCACACCACUUGAAGAUCGAAACAUUCCGGAAAAAACGUUCCUCUCCGUUAAUGAACCUUAUUUAACCUCAUCCGACACCCUCGUUUUGGGAAACUCCCUGAAGCGUGACAUGCCCUCCGAAACCUUCGAGCUCGAGGUGCCGUUUCACCCUGUUUCACCUCUUCCUCCCGCCCAGCGGCCGCCGGGAGUGGCCGGAGGCCAUCGAUACCGGGCCGCAAGCGCAGUGACACUGUCUCAACUCUACAGUUGUAUUCCAGACCGAUUCAGACAUCCAGUGACGUGA